AUGGAGAAUGCGUACACAAAGUCGCCUGUUGAGGCGCUGAGGCAUUUCCAGGUCGAAGAGCACAAGGGUCUUAGUGCACAACAGGUCAAGAGUGCGCGGGAACAAUAUGGCAGGAAUGCAACAGCGCUGCCAGAAGACCCGCCUACACCCAUCUGGGAGCUCAUCCUCGAGCAAUUCAAGGACCAACUGGUCAUUAUUCUGCUGGGCUCAGCAGCAGUAUCCUUCGUACUUGCCAUAUUCGAGCAGGAAGAAGGCUGGACCGCUUUCGUAGACCCGGCAGUUAUCCUCACCAUCCUCGUCCUGAACGCCGUCGUCGGAGUCUCGCAGGAAACUAGCGCAGAAAAGGCCAUUGCCGCCCUCCAGGAAUACUCGGCCAACGAAGCAAAGGUCGUACGUGACGGACACAUUACGCGUAUCAAGGCCGACGAGCUGGUUCCCGGCGAUGUCAUCUCCGUCACCAUCGGUGACAGGAUCCCCGCAGACUGCAGGAUUCUGUCCAUUUCAAGCAACAGCUUCAACGUCGAUCAAUCCAUCCUGACUGGAGAGAGCGAGAGCGUCUCCAAGGAUACCAGACAAGUCAAGGAUGAGAAUGCCGUCAAGCAGGAUCAGGUCAACAUGCUCUUCUCUGGAACUACAGUUGUCACAGGCCAUGCGACCGCAUUGGUUGUGCUGACAGGCGCGAACACGGCCAUUGGAGAUAUCCAUGAGAGCAUCACCGCACAGAUCUCGCAGCCCACCCCGCUCAAGGAGAAGCUCAACGACUUCGGUGACCAGCUCGCCAAGGUCAUCACCGCCAUCUGCAUUCUCGUCUGGCUCAUCAACGUCGGUAACUUUAGCGAUCCUUCGCACGGCAGCUUCGCAAAGGGUGCUAUUUACUACCUCAAGAUCGCCGUUUCGCUCGGUGUUGCUGCCAUUCCAGAAGGUCUGGCCGUCGUCAUUACAACAUGUCUGGCUCUGGGUACGCGCAAGAUGGCUGCGAGGAAUGCAGUUGUGCGAAGCUUGCCUUCUGUCGAAACGCUUGGAAGCUGUAGUGUCAUCUGCUCCGACAAGACCGGUACCCUCACUACCAAUCAAAUGAGUGUUAACAAAAUGGUCUUUCUUAGUGAGGAUGGCAGUGGGCUCGAGGAAUUUGACGUCCAAGGUACUAGCUUUGCCCCUGAGGGCCAGAUUUCGCUUCAAGGCAAGCCUGUGCAAAACCUUGCUGCCCAAUAUGAUACCGUACGCCAGAUCUGUGAGGUUACCGCGCUUUGCAACGACGCUGCGCUUGCCUACGAUUCCAAGAAUGAGACUUACAGCCUUGUUGGUGAGCCUACUGAGGGUGCGCUUCGUGUGCUGGUUGAAAAGGUUGGCACUACUGAUAUCAGCCACAACGCGACCCGCGCAAACACAUCGCCCGAACAGCGCCUCGACUUCUCUACCAAGCACUACCAAAGCCAAUACUCGCGCCUAGCUACGUAUGAGUUUUCCCGCGAUCGAAAAAGCAUGUCUGUCCUCGUCAAGAGCGGUAACUCGCAGAAACUUCUCGUCAAGGGCGCUCCUGAAUCUGUUCUGGAUCGCUGCACCAAUGUCGUCGUUGGCAAAAACGGAACGAAGGUCCCGAUGAGUAAACAAUUGGCCAGCCUUAUCAACAAGGAAAUCGUGGAGUACGGUAACCGCGGAUUACGAGUUAUUGCUGUAGCGUCUGUGGACGAUAUUGCAUCCAACCCGCUUCUAUCAAACGCCAAGACUACCAAGGAAUAUACGCAGCUCGAACAGAACAUGACACUCAUCGGUCUCGUUGGCAUGUUGGAUCCUCCUCGUCCCGAAGUUCGUGCGUCCAUCGCCAAGUGUCGCUCUGCUGGAAUCCGCGUUGUGGUCAUUACUGGAGAUAAUCAGAACACCGCCGAGUCUAUUUGCCGUCAAAUCGGAGUCUUUGGUCCCAGUGAAGAUCUUACUGGUAAAUCCUACACAGGCCGCCAAUUUGACGACCUCUCCGAGUCUGAAAAGAUGGAAGCCGCCAAGCACGCCAGUCUCUUCUCCCGUACCGAGCCCACUCACAAGUCUAAGCUGGUUGACCUCCUCCAACAAGCUGGUGAAGUUGUUGCCAUGACGGGAGACGGUGUGAACGAUGCACCUGCCCUCAAGAAAGCCGACAUUGGCGUUGCUAUGGGCUCCGGAACCGACGUAGCCAAGCUCGCCGCCGACAUGGUCCUCGUAGACGACAACUUUGCCACCAUCGAAGGCGCCGUCGAGGAGGGGCGUUCUAUAUACAACAACACACAGCAGUUUAUCCGGUACCUCAUCUCUUCCAACAUUGGCGAAGUCGUCUCCAUAUUCCUAACUGCCGCAAUGGGCAUGCCGGAAGCCUUGAUCCCCGUUCAACUCCUCUGGGUAAACCUCGUCACUGACGGUCUUCCCGCUACCGCACUCUCCUUCAACCCCGCCGACCAUGACAUCAUGAGACGUCAACCUCGCAAGCGUGAUGAGCCUCUUAUUGGCGGCUGGUUGUUCUUCCGCUACAUGGUUAUCGGUACGUACGUCGGCGCUGCGACUGUCGCUGGCUAUGCAUGGUGGUUCAUGUUCAACAGCCAAGGGCCCCAGAUUUCCUUCUAUCACCUCCGCCAUUUUCAUCGUUGUUCGACCCAAUUCCCAGAAAUUGGGUGCGAAAUGUUCAGCAACAGCUCCGCGCAGGCUGCUAGUACAGUCUCUCUAAGCAUCUUGGUCGUGAUUGAAAUGCUGAACGCGAUGAAUGCGCUCAGUAGCAGUGAGAGUCUGCUCACGCUACCGCUGUGGAAGAACAUGAUGCUUGUGUACGCGAUUUGCCUGUCCAUGGCACUGCACUUUGCCUUGCUCUAUGUUCCCUUUUUGCAGGGCCUGUUCAGCGUCAUGCCGCUUAAUGGAAAUGAAUGGAACGCUGUCAUGGCGAUCAGUGCGCCGAUUAUCAUCAUUGACGAAGGACUCAAGUUCCUCGAGCGCAAGUUCUUCAUUCAAAAGGGAAACGAGAAACUGGAACCGCCUAACGGACGGCCGAAGAAGGAUUAGAUGAUGCGUGGCUUUUUGUUUUGAUACGUGGGUGAUGGCUUGACUGUGGAUUCUCUUCAUGGCGAAUUAGAAGUGUGUGUCGGAUGUGUCGUUACAGAUAUGCACCCGGGUGUCAUAAAGAACUUGACAGUGUGGGUAAGCACCCAAUAGGUGUUUGGCGACUACAGUGACCCUUGUACACUAGUAUGUCAAGUGUUUUACGACACCCGGGUGCAUGGGACAUACGGCACG